AAAAGAAAUACUUCUACCUCGUAAGGCGAGUCACAUUGAAUCUGGCAGUAUGAAACGCGCGAUAUCUGAGGAAAACAGUGAGACCAAACGGGCUUUUUUUAAACAAGAGUCAAUCAACUUUGGAUAUGAUGCUUCUUCGUACGCUAGUUAUUCGUCGUCAUCAUCCUCUACUAUCACUCAACCUUUGCCUGGGCAACCACCCUUGCCUCCUAUGCCUCCACCACCCAGUGGAGUCCCACCUCCGCCACAUGUAUUUGGACCAGUGCCUUCCCAAAUGACUCCUAUUCAAUGGACACAUGCACAUACUCCUUGGCAAUGGAUAACACCACAAACGUCCCCUUUGCCAACUCCUCCAGCUCCUCCACAUGAUAUCGCUAGUACAAUUCCAAGGGAGAUUCCACUAAGGGGUAAUUAUGUACGUCGCGAAAGGUUUACUCACAAUAGGAACAGUAUGUAUAUUCACAGAAAUAAUUUUCACCGUAAAAAUAGACGGGUAGUACGGUUUGGACAGCCACAAGGUCAAUUUGAUCAAGCUGCAUAUUUUGGUGCAACUUUAACGGGUAAUCUCGGAUUGCAAUGGCAAAGAAAUAUUUAUAAUGCAGCAGCGAGUGAUAGUAUAAGAAGCCAUAUGACUGUUCCUUUAUCUUCCCAUUCCAUAUCUCCUAUCCCAUCAGGAAUCAUGAGCAACAGACAUAAUGAAGAAACUGAGGAUCAGGAUGUGAAAAUUGAGAAGGUAGUAAAGAAAAAUAAACAAAGGAAGCCAAUGUCUCAAAGUUAUGUAAAUAAACCAUGGAAUAGAGAAGAUGCAGAAAGAGCUCUAAAAAUUGAAAGUGAAUACAAUAUGAAGAAUAAAGUUAAUGCACAGAGCUUAAUAAUUAAGUUUCCUGAUACAGAUCUAGAUAAGAACAUCGUUAGUAAAUUUCAUUCUGAUAUUCUGAACAUACAUUUUCAAAAUCCAUGUGGGUCGAGAUAUUGUUUUAUUCAAAUGGCGGAAGAUGUGAAUAUUGACGAAGCUAUAAAAGAAUUGGAAAAAAUUAAGUUUGGUCUGGGAUACCUGAAAGUCGAAAAAAAGAUAUUAAGAGAUGAAGAUAAUCCCGAAGAAAUAGAUCCCUAUACCUUAUUUAUAGGAAAUUUACCCGAAUCUGUUAAAACAAGCGAAAUAAAAAGUAAAUUUCCAAAAGCACAAGAUGAAGAAACACGAAAGAUGAAGAAUACGCGAAAUAUUUUAAUGAGAUAUAAUAGUGUGGACGAUGCAAUAUCGGAUUACAAACAAGCAUAUGGUUUAAUAUGGGAUAAGAGGAAUAUUAAUAUUAGAUUUAGACGGAAAAGAGGUAAUACUUGUCUUCCCGAAGAACCUAAGCCUGACAUUAAGAAAGUUAAAGAAGAACCAAAUAAUGCUACACUAAUGGAAAAGAAACGAAACAUGAGUCAUAUUGAAUUUGAUAUCAAUAUUAACGAUUUGAAAGAGGAAGAAAGUAACAUUAAUGAAACAAAGGAAGAUAAAAUUAAUCGCGCGAAUAAACCAUCGGCAAAUCAAAAUAUGGGUAGUGUCGAAAAUGGAUUACAAGAUAAUUCUAAUAAAGCACAAAGAAAACUAGCCUCGCAAGUUCAAGAAAAUAUAAGCUCUCAUUUAUCUGAGUUAUUAACUCCGUCGGACAUCGACACGUCUGCUACGAUGGCACAAGAAGAACAACGACAAUCUUGGACGUCACAGUUCCUUCAAAUAUCUUCAGCAUCAAAAGCUCCCCUACCAUGUCCAGCCGAGACAGCUAUUGAGGAAACGAAAAUGCUUACACAAAUUAAAGAGGAACCCGUAGAUUACGAUGAAAUGGAUUUCAUCAUAGAUGAUGAUGAUGAUGAUGACGAUGACGAUGCUGAUGACGAUGACGAUAUCGAGGAGCCGGAUGAUACUGAUGAUGAUGAAGAUAAUGAUGCAGAAGAUUUUGAAGAUGAUGAAGAUAUCGACGAUGAUGGAAAUAUAGCAUCUAGGACUAAACCAUUGGAAGCACAAGAUAACGAAGAACCAUCAGACCAUCUUGAUCAAAUGUUCAGCGAAUUGGGGAACAUGACAGGUGACAUCGAUUUCUUAAAACAAUGAAGGAAACAUUAUUUUAAUACUCGUUAUCCAAUCCAGUUC